CCCUUAACCUGUCUCUGUCUCUUAUUUUUUUUUGGAAAUCGAAGCCAUGGCUACGGCGCAGCAAACAAAGCUCCGAUGGGGAGAGCUGGAGGAGGACGACGGAGAGGACCUGGACUUCCUACUUCCGCCGCGGCAGGUUAUUGGUCCCGACGAGAACGGGAUCAAGAAGGUCAUAGAGUACAGGUUCAAUGACGACGGCAACAAGGUCAAGAUCACCACCACCACCCGCACGCGCAAGCUCGCUAAUGCCCGCCUUAGUAAGCGUGCCGUCGAGCGCCGGUCCUGGCCCAAGUUUGGCGACGCCGUCCACGAGGACGUCGGCAGCCGGCUCACCAUGGUCUCUACCGAGGAGAUCCUCCUCGAGCGCCCUCGGGCUCCUGGUAGCAAACCAGAAGAACCAAAGGCUGGAGGAGACUCAUUGGCUCAACUUAGUAAAGGAGGUGCUGUCCUCAUGGUCUGCAGGACUUGUGGUAAGAAAGGUGACCACUGGACCUCAAGGUGCCCAUACAAGGAUCUUGCCCCACAGGCUGAGGGAUUUGUUGAUAAACCUUCUGCUGUAUCGGAAGCCACAAACGCUGCUUCUGGGGCAAGCAAGGGAGCAUAUGUUCCUCCAGGCAUGAGAGCAGGGGCAGAGAGAACCGGAUCUGAUAUGAGACGCCGGAAUGAUGAAAACUCUGUUCGGGUCACCAACCUCUCAGAGGACACCCGGGAACCCGAUUUGCAGGAGCUCUUCCGGCCUUUUGGUGCUGUAAGCCGAGUUUAUGUUGCCAUUGAUCAGAAGACUGGCAUGAGCAGAGGAUUUGGUUUUGUUAACUUUGUGAACAGAGAAGAUGCUCAGAGAGCCAUCAACAAACUCAAUGGUUAUGGUUAUGACAAUUUAAUCCUAAGAGUUGAAUGGGCCACACCAAGAGCAAACUAGAUCACCAGCCCGAACAUCCCCGGCCCCUCUCUCUCUCUCUCUCUCUCUCUCUCUCUCAUCAGCUUUUGAUGACAAUUACCUAGAUUUAUAAUGAGACUUUUGGCAGGUCAUGAUUCCUUUUUCAAUCUCUUUUCAGAUAUUUUUAUGUUUGCUUGUCAAAAGGAAGAAACAUUUGUGCCUUUUGGUGUUUCAAAUUCAUGUACAAGGUAAUUGAUAAGUUAUUCACUUGGUCGAUGGUUGUGAGACUAGCCAUCCAAGAUGGUGUUAAUUUUUACUCUUCA